UCUUCUCGGUUUUUUUCCUUGGAAUUUCAAAGAUUUUUCAAGCACCAAAGAGCCAGGCCAGCACCUGCACUUGCUGAUUUAUAGAAGAACAAGGAGAAUCAACUCCCUCUCUUCAUCCUUCUUCAGCAUCACGGCUUCAAACCUGGAUUUCUGUGACUAGAAAAAUGUCGUUUUAUUGGGAAUAAAAAUAUUCUCCUUUAUUUUUUUUCAAGGAUUCUGGUGGACAGUGCCUCACCCAAGCCAUGGCCACACACCUCAGAUCGGCUGCCAGGACCUGCACGGUCAUCGGGGGCUCAGGAUUCCUGGGCAGGCACCUGGUGGAGCAGCUGCUGGCCAAGGGCUACAGAGUCAACGUCUUCGACAUCCAGCAGAGCUUUGAGAGCCCGCAGGUGACCUUCUACCUGGGAGACCUGUGUGACAAGGAGGCUCUGCUGCCAGCCCUGCAGGGAGUGUCCGUGGUGUUCCACUGUGCCUCCCCAGCCCCUUCCAGUGCCAGCAGGGAGCUCUUCUACAAGGUGAAUUUUUUGGGAACCAAGGCAGUCAUUGCAGCCUGCAGAGAAGCUGGAGUGCAGAAAUUGGUGUUAACCAGCAGUGCCAGUGUCGUUUUUGAGGGCACAGACAUCAAAAAUGGCUCAGAAGAUCUCCCCUAUGCACAAAAACCUAUUGAUUACUACACAGAGACCAAGAUCCUGCAGGAAAAGGAGGUGCUGAGUGCAAAUGACCCAGACCACGAUUUCCUCACCACUGCCAUCCGGCCCCACGGGAUAUUUGGCCCCAGGGACCCUCAGCUGGUUCCCAUCCUCGUGCAGGCAGCUCAGAGUGGCAAAAUGAAAUUUAUCAUUGGGGAUGGAAAGAACUUGGUGGAUUUUACCUACGUGGAGAAUGUGGUGCAUGGACACAUCCUGGCUGCAGAAAAACUGAACAAAAACUCUCCCCUGGGUGGGAAGGCCUUCCACAUCACCAAUGAUGAACCAAUUCCCUUCUGGACCUUCAUGUCCCGGAUCCUGACCGGCCUGGACUACGACCCUCCCAAGUACCACAUCCCCUACUGGCUGGCCUAUUACCUGGCCCUGCUGCUGGCCCUGCUGCUGGCCCUGCUCAGGCCCCUGGUGACCAUCAAGGCCACCUUCACCCCCAUGAGGGUGGCCCUGGCUGGCACCUUCCACUAUUACAGCUGUGAGAGGGCCAAGAGAGCCCUGGGCUACCGGCCGGUGGUGAGCCUGGACGAGGCCAUAGCCAGGACUGUGCAGAGCUACCCCAGCCUGCGCCGCGCCAGGGCCUGAGGGCCGUGCCCGCAGCCUCCCCGGCCUCGUCCCCGUCAUC